UUUCAGUUUCUCUUCUGAUCUCUAUCCUCCCCCAUUCCUUUUUCACAAAUAAGGUAGGACACUUAUCUCCUCGAUGCCCUGUAAUUGGACCGCCGGAACGAUCGAGCUGCAGCUCAAUAUAGCCUUUUGUCCAAACGAGGCUACUUUUACUGCUAUUGACCGAAACUAGUCAGUUUUUUUUUUGGGAUAGCACGACGAUGGUGAAAGCAGUAGUGGGAGAGGAGGUGCAGCUGAAAUUAGCUGAAGAGCGGCUUACCAAAUCCGGGUUGGCUGCUCAGAUAGGGCUUGUGAUAGGGAAGCUGAGCUCAAGCUUAGAUCGCGGUUUCAUCUUCGACUUGGUCCCGACGCCCCUGUGCGAUUCCGGAGAGCCGGCUUGCUCAAUUAUAAGUGGCGCGAAAGAUGACCGGAAGAAAGGAUCAAAAGGGAAGACGCAGGCAGACUCCUCGUCUUUAUUCGUCGACAAGGAUUGGGUUGCUGAACACGCUCGGCAGGUUGCAAGAAUGCUAUUGGGUGGUGUGAAAGUGGUUGGCAUCUACAUAUGGGCCAGUGACAGCUCAAUUAAGAACUCAAUGCUAACAAUUUGUCAGACCAUACAAGCUGUUGCAAAGGCUACACCUGUUUUAGAUGUUAAUUUUGAUGAGAGGCUGCUUGUUCACAUAUGUUACAGUCCCAUGAGAUGGACGACUCGGAAUUGCUCACUUGCCUCUAAUAUAACUUCAACCAGUCUAAGACCAUGUGAUUUCAAAAUGGGGAAAGUUUUUGCGUCCUUGCAGACAUUCAGAUGCAGAUAUGCUUUGGAUGUUAGAUUUCCAAUAUUCCGUGAGGAUGGAUCCAAAAAUAUAAGAUUGGUUGACGUUCUUCGCCAUUGUAUUUCACAUCUUGCCAAAGAGCUAAGAUGUGGAAAGGCUUUGAUUGAUGGAAAAUUGGCAAUUGGGAAUGAGCAAGUCGCUGCAUCAGAUGGUGUACAUGAUGUUAAGUUCCUCUUACCUUUCAUGCAAGAUAAGUUUGACGGAUGCAGCCAAAAGGACAUAAUUGGUGGUCUUGUGUUUACCGGUGCUAUUUGCUGUUUUGCUUACGUGAAUGUAAAGGAACAACUUUCACAAGUUUUGACUGACAUUAAGGAAGAUAUAAUAUUGAGUUUGCAAAGUAGAUUAGAUAUCAUGUGUGAUGCGGCAGAGAGGGAAUCAGAAGCUAUUGAUGGUAGCGUAGGAGAAGAAGCGAGGGAUCAUGUAUCGACCGAAGAACCAUUCUUACUUCUUCCAUUACAGUUGCAAAGGAAAAGUUGCAAGCUAAUGUUUCCUCGGAGAGUGUUUCUUCCUUGGUUAGCCAAUAUAUAUGUUUGUGACUACUUGCAGCCAUCUGAAACAGUUGAGGUUCUUAAGGAUCAUUAUGCUGAGUUGAUGUCCAUAGAAGUUCCAGUUGAUUUAUCAAAAGUUUUAGAGCCUGAAUCAGAAGCUCCUACUUUCGUAUCAUCUGCAACCACCAACAAGCAGCAGCCUUUUUGGGACAUGAUGAAUCGAAAGUACACGAACAUCACAACGCACGAAGAGACGAAAGGUUUGAGAAGUGACCCGAAGUCUAAAAACUUAUCACCCCUCAACAUGAUGAUACCGCUUUUUGUUCUUAUUUUGUCACUAAUUGUGGGAGUGGUGGUAACAACAUUUGUGGUGAGGUCAUCAUAGUGAAUAGUUUACCUAUCAGAGUAUCAGGUAAGUAAACUGGUUUCCCUCCUACACAGUAAUCGGCGGUCUGCUACUGCAAGAACUGCAGAUGAUUUUCCAGACCUUAUUCCAGAUUUGCCCCCAUGAUAUUGAGAGUAGAAAUAGCACGAGUCACGAGUUGGUGGGCUGGUUUUAGCUGGAUACUCAUUUGGUCCGAAAGUCUCUUGAAACUCACUGAUUUUAGUAGACGUACAUGGGGGGUUUUGGUUGGGCCAUUUGGGCCUAAAUAUGCUUUGAAAUUUGAAUCCAUACAAAUGAUUCAAAUUAGAAUAUACUUGUGUUUGACAUUGAUAAAAAGUAUUUAAAAAUCUGAAAGACUGGAAUUGUGAAAAGAAAGAAAGAAAGUUGUCAUUGAUUUGAUUUAAAUUUAUGUGUCUAUAUCUCUCAUUUUAAUAUACAUUA